AUGGAUUUCUACGACGAAACGACCGAUCCGAGACACCAUUUCAGCAACUUCAAAAGUCGGAUGUACCUAGCCGACACUUCUGAUGCUACCCGAUGUAAAGCAUUCCCGAUGAUCUUGACCAAAUUGGCAAUGAAGUGGUUCGAUAACUUACCACUUAGGUCGGUGACUUGCUUUGACGACCUGGCAAGAAAGUUUCUUACCAGAUUUUCAAUUCAAAAGGACAAGGUAAAGCAUGCCCUGAGCUUGCAGGGAAUCAAGCAAGUGGUUAGGGAGACACUUCGAAAUUACAUGGAGAGAUUCAAUAAGGCAUGUUUGGAAAUACAAAACCUACCCACUGAGACAGUGAUAAUGGGAUUAGUUAACGGCCUUAAAGAAGGGUCGUUUUCUCAAUCUGUAUCCAAGCGACACCCAUCUUCCUUGUAUGAAGCAUAA